AUGGCCGAAGUUUUGCCGGAGGAUGGUAUGUUUUGUUCUAAAUUUCAAAAUCAACACAAAAAUCAAUUACUUCGUCAGAAUUAAUGUCAACAUUUAAGGGUUUGAUGAUUUAUCGAAUACGCUUGGAUUGAUUCCAUCGCAGAGCAACGGAGAGAAUUCGCAGUGGGCAAAUCUCAGUGAUCAAGAUGUUUUGAGGAUUUAUUUUCUUCUAUCAACGGCACAAUCGAAAUCUGGUUCGUUCGAUUGAAAAAUCAAGAAUUUGUUAUUGCAAUGUAGAUUUCUUCCAGCCAUGGACAAAUAUUUUGAUCUCGAAACCAUCAAAAAUGAAGCAGAACUUCGCCGAAUAAUCUCCGACGGCCCAAAAUUGUUACAGAUCAAAGUGUGCAGUGCUUGCGCGGAAGAUGUUGACAAGUAAGACGAACGUGUUCAAUUCGAAAUUUACAUAAUAAAUAUUUAGGUGUUCAUGCUCAAAUUCCGCCCCAUCCGCAGAACUGGUUUUCGCCGAUUUGGAGCAAAGAAUGACAACUAUGAUCAAGACGUAUGGAGAUGAAAUUCGUUAUGCUCACGAACAAUUAAAUCGAAAAUCUCUCUUACAGCGACCAAGCACGUCGACAUGAAGAAUCUUCCGGAAGCGGGAAAUAA